AUGGAUUCUUUCAAUUCCUCUGCGACCUUGUUCGGCGGUUUCCAGCCAAUCCCGGACGUGAAGAACAACAAUGAUGUGCAGGAGCUGGGUAAGUUUGCAGUGGCAGAGUACAAGGCAGAGUACAAGAAGGAGCACCCAGGAGAAGCAGCUCUACUGUUCGCAGAGGUGGUGGAGGCUCAGAGCCAGGUGGUGGCCGGAACCAACUACAAACUGCUGAUCAAGGCCCUGGAAGCGGGGUAUCUUAGGCACUACAAAGGCUCUUUGUUGACCGCUUUCGGCGGUUUCCAUCCUUUCGGCGGUUUGCAGCCGAUCCCGGACGUGAAGAACAACAUGCAUGUACAGGAGCUGGGUAAGUUUGCGGUGGCUGAAUUCAACAAGAAGCACCAAGAAGCAGCAGCCCUAGUGUUCGUAGAGGUGGUGGAGGCUCAGAGCCAGGUGGUGGCCGGAACCAACUACAGACUGCAUAUCGAGACCCUCAAAGCAGGGUGUGUCAGGCACUACAAGGCUCUUGUGUAUGAGAAGACAUGGGAGAACGUCAAGACCCUGACAUCGUUUGAGCCUGUUUUCCCUUGA